GUAAUGUGUACCAGUGUCGAAAAGAUUGGAGGAAUUACUCAUUUUAUAUCAGUUCCGGCUGUUUUUUCUCUCUUGAAGAGAGAUAUACUACUAUGCGAAGUUAGAAGUUGUUCUUUUGACGAGUGAACUCCUGAAGUUGAGAACAUUGGACAUACUUUGUGCGACGAGGAGGAUAUAUAGCAGUCUGCUGUAUUUACAAGAAAUGGAUUCCAGUGGCAUUGAUGAUAAACAAGGUUUGGAAGGAGAUCCGGAGCUGAAGUUCUUGCUGGAUGGUGGGGACCUUUUGAAAGUCCGUUCGGGCUCAUGGAAAAAGAUGCGCUACUACAAGUUGCAGGAGGACUGCAAGACCAUUUGGCAUGAAUCCAAAAAGACCUUGAAGUCCAAACAGACCUUCUCUGUUGAGGACAUUGCAGCGGUACGGACAGGCCGGCAUACGGAGGGUCUGAGAAAAUACACAGAGGAGGCAGUGGAGGACCGAGCAUUCUCAAUCUUGUUUAAGGGUCGACACAAAAGGCUGGACCUGAUCGCCAGAUCUGAGGAAGAGGCCAAGAAGUGGGUCAGUGGUUUAGAGAAGGUCAUCUCAAACAUGAACAACCUCAGUCCACAAAAGAAGACAGAACACUGGAUCUACAGUUGUAUGCAUAAAGCAGAUACAAACUAUGACCAAAAAAUGAGUCUGAAAGAGCUGAAGAGCUUUUUACAAGACAUCAACAUUGAGGUGGAUGAUGACUAUGCUGAGAUGCUCUUUGAGAAAUGUGAUGCAUCAAAGUCUGGAUUCCUGGAGGGAAAGCAGAUUGAGCAUUUCUAUAAAAUCUUGACACAAAGAGAGGAGAUUGAUGUUAUCUAUGGAGAGUAUGCAAAGACAGACGGUCUCAUGAGUGCUGAUGAUCUGCUGAACUUCCUGAGGAAUGAGCAGAUAGAGGAUGCAUCUCAGAGUGAUGCUCUUCAACUUAUUGAGAAAUAUGAGCUAGAUGAAAAUGCCAAACGAAAACAGCAAAUGACAAAAGAUGGCUUCCUAUUGUACUUGCACCAGCCGGAGGGCCUGAUCUUUAACCCGGCUCAUAAAAGUGUUUACCAGGACAUGAACCAGCCUCUCAACCAUUACUUCAUCUCCUCCUCUCACAACACAUACCUGCUGGAGGACCAGCUUAAAGGACCCAGCAGCACUGAGGCUUACAUAAAAGCGUUUGUCAAGGGCUGCCACUGUGUUGAGCUGGACUGUUGGGAUGGAUCUGAUGGGGAGCCGGUCAUUUACCAUGGUUACACUCUCACCUCAAAGAUCCUUUUCAAAGAUGUGAUUCAAGCCAUUAAGGACUAUGCCUUUAAGACGUCUGAGUACCCUGUGAUUCUGUCUUUGGAGAACCACUGCAGUUUGGAGCAGCAGAAGACUAUGGCUCGGCACAUGAUCUCCAUUCUAGGUAGCGCUCUGGUCACCAAACUACUUGGAGAUAAGAUGCCCAAAUGCUUCCCUUCCCCUGAGGAACUGAAAGGCCGGUUCAUAGUCAAAGGGAAGAGACUAGACAAACUUGAGGACACAUUUUCAGAUGAGCCCAAAGCAGCAGGUGAUGAGAGUGUAACAGAGGAAGAAGAUGAUGAAGGUGAUGAAGACGAGAAGGAAAAGAACUCUAAAAAGUCGCUGAAGCUGGCAAAGGAGCUGUCUGAUAUCGUGAUCUACUGCAAAAGUGUCAAAUUCCAUGGGUUUCAGGAUUCCCGAGACAAGCAGUCCUUUUAUGAGAUGGCCUCUUUUAAAGAGGGACAAGCUGUGAAUCUGGCAGAGGAAUCAGCAAAUGAGUAUAUCCGCCACAAUACGGACAAACUGAGCAGAAUUUACCCAGGUGGACUGAGGACAGACUCCUCAAACUUUAACCCAGUGCCUCUGUGGAACGCAGGCUGUCAGAUAGUGGCCCUUAACUUCCAGACUCCCUGCUUAGAGAUGGAUCUGAAUCAGGGGCUCUUUCUCCAAAAUGGGCAGAGCGGUUACAUUCUAAAGCCUUCUUACCUACGAGACAGAGCGACUGAGUUUGACCCCAUUUCUCUCACCAAGGGUCCAUGGCUAAAACAAAAGACACUUCAUGUGAUGGUGAUCUCAGCCCAGCAGUUGCCCAAACUAAAUGAAAAGAAGUCCUCUAUUGUGGAUCCUCUAGUGCAAGUGCAGAUCUAUGGUGUGCCAGCUGAUACGACUGUGAAAGAGACACCAUACAUUGAGAAUAAUGGGUUCAACCCCAUGUGGAAUGAAAGUUUCCAGUUUGAUGUGUUUGUGCCAGAUCUAGCCCUGGUCCGCUUUUUGGUUGAGGAUUAUGACUUCACAUCAGACAAUGAAUUUAUUGGCCAGUACACUCUUCCCUUCAACAGCCUAAAGAAUGGAUAUCGCCAUGUCCCACUGCUCACCAAGAACGGAGACCUCCUGUCCUCAGCUAGGCUUUUCGUUCACAUCUUGGUUGUGGAUGCUGAAUAAUCCAAACAUCACAGAGUUUAUACUGUAUUCAACAAUGCCAGCAUCCCAAAGGUUAAAUGGUUUAACUAGCCAGCAACAAAUACAAAGGCAGCUCUUAAGAGUGGGAUUCUAAUGGGCAAACAAUAGAAAUAGUGGGAAUACAGCAACUAUACAACAGUUGAUUUCACAUUUCAAAUCAUUAUUUUUUUUCUUUUUUACCAUUUUUAUAAAAUACAUUAUAACAUUUCAGUAUGCCGAGUGAACACAUUACAAAUAUGUAUGCUGAACAUUGUUCAGGAGUGUCAGCUUUCAGUCAGUUUCAAAGAGCUCUGUUUUUAGAUAUCAGCAAAGGAACAAUUUGAUGGUGGAAUUGAAAUGUGUUCCAUCCUCUGGGUAGUAUCUGUAGAUGCUAGAGAUUGUAUUUUAAAUGUGUUUUUCAUUUAAUUUAGCUGUCUUUAUGCUUGUCUUUUAUGUAGUUAUAUUAACAUAUCUGACUUCUGUUCUAUUAAAUAAGUUACUUUAACUGUCAUGUAUAUAUUUGGAACAUUUGAUACACUCUGUCGGACUGCAUGCAAACUGAGUGAUUCUACUGAAACACAUUGCCAACUGUAUACUGCCAUGUAAAGGACAAUAAAUGUAAGUUAUUCAAAA